AUGGCAGCAGAAGAGGGACAAGUGAUCGCGUGCCACACCGUUGAGUCAUGGAACGAGCAACUCCAGAAGGGAAAUGACUCCAAAACUCUUGUAGUGGUUGAUUUCACGGCAUCAUGGUGUGGACCAUGUCGUUUCAUAGCUCCAUUCUUUGCUGAUUUGGCUAAGAAACUCCCCAAUGUGAUGUUCCUCAAGGUUGAUAUUGACGAAUUGAAGUCGGUGGCAAGUGAUUGGGCGAUUGAGUCAAUGCCAACUUUCAUGUUCUUGAAGGAAGGGAAGAUUGUGGACAAAGUUGUUGGGGCCAAGAAAGAUGAGCUUCAGUCUACCAUUGCCAAACACUUGGCUUAA